CCGGUGUUAUAUAGUUCACAAAGUUAAAAUACACUACAACAGAUCAGCAUAAAUAAAAAUCUAGGCUAUUCAGUGUUUAACAGAAGAUCACAAGCUUUCUAAUGACUUGAACAAUAGUGGAUAAAGUGAGACGCCUGUGCUGAAGAUCACCCGCCAAAAAUUAUGUUGGUCACAGAAAAAUCAUCAACAAUGACAGGGAGUGAAAUUUGGGAUUUUAAACAAAAUUGGAGUGGAAUUUGAAGUCAAACGGGUAAGCCUGGCCACAAAUACUGGUAAAAAUUGCGGGGAACAGUGCAAAUUUUGACAAUUUUAGGGUGAAAACGACAGGGGUUGGAAAAAACAGUGGAGUUUUAUAGGUUUAGAAAACGAAAUAUUGAGAAUUUUGGGUUGGAUUUUGUGAAUUUGUCUACCUGUGUUUGAAAUUUAAGGUUUUGAUAAAUGGAAUUGAAAAAAAUAGUAUGAGAUUCGAGUAUUUGUGGCCAAGGGGUGCGAGUUUUGUAUGAAUGGAUGAGACAACAGAGUGUCUUGAAGAACGAAACCAGACUGGAGCAAAAUUGGUAUCUGGCGCAUGGCUAUUGCUGUCUGUAUCAACUCUGUGGUGUGGGUUAGACGCCGUAAUGGCUACCCUGAAGCACAGGCGUCCAAAAGUUGCCAACAAAGAUUAUUAUUAUGCUGUGAUCUUAAUUUAAGUAACAAUUAGGUUUAGUUAGUAAUUAUUAGGUACAUUGUUCACCCCUUCUAAUGUAAAAAGUCUGUAAACCGCGGCCAAAAGUUAACAAUAUUCACACAACGUACAACUAUCUACCUACCUACAAGCAACAAGGAAACAUAUCUAGGAUAAUUUUCACGAAAUACAUAACCGGUGCAAUGGGUGAUUUGCAGCACUUUUGUCUGCGCUGGAACAACUACCAGUCUAGCAUCACGACGGCUUUUGAGAAUCUGCGAGAUGACGAGGAUUUUGUGGAUGUGACGCUGGCCUGUGAGGGGAAGAGUCUCAAGGCACAUAGAGUGGUGCUCAGUGCGUGUAGUCCCUAUUUCAGGGAACUGUUGAAGAGCACACCAUGCAAACAUCCGGUGAUAGUCCUCCAGGACGUGGUGUUCGAGGACCUGCAUGCGCUGGUGGAGUUCAUCUACCACGGAGAGGUGAAUGUGCACCAGCAGUCGCUGCCCUCAUUCCUCAAAACCGCCGAAGUGUUGAGGGUCAGCGGGCUCACUCAACAGGCUGAGGCGUCAGCUUUCAGCAGCAAUACACCGGGAGGAGCUGAGAAAUGGUGCAAUAGAGAAGGAGCAGACGAGCCUCCUGUAAGAGAGAGAGUCGAGAGAGGAGCGGAGCGAGAGAGACACCUGCACCGGUCCAGUUCGCAUCGCGAGCGAGGAGAGAGAGACAGAGACAGGGAGAGAGAGCGGGAGAGAGAAAGAGAGAGGGAACGUGAGAGACCAGCGUCCACGGGGGAUGCCAACGAUGUUAAUCAGGACACCAGUUCCGGCCAUCACCACACGUCGAAACGCGCCAAAUCGUCAUCAAGUAACGCCACAACUGAACCAACAACCACUACUAGCCACAGUCGUAGUGCAACGCCCGACCGGCCGUUGCAAGCGACGCCGGGAGCCGACUGCGAGGAGCCGCCUGUCGACUUCUCCACCAACAACAACAACAAACUGCAUCACGCGCAUGCGCACCACCUGCUGGCUGACCUGCCUUCGCCGCUCAGCGAACUGGUCAAGGCGGAGCCUAUGGAUUUGGGCUGUGGAGGGGGAAAUAAUGGCGGAGGAUCAGCUGAUUUGAACGAUGACAACAGCAUUGACAGUAGCGCCAACGAUAACGAGAUGGGAGGAGGCGGAGGUGGGGGAGCCAUGUCAGAUACAACCACCCAGGACAGAGAGGAAGGAGGAGGUGGUGGUGGAGGAGGGAUGAUGACGUCAUCGCACCAUUCGGCCUAUUUGGACAGUAAGCUGUUUGCGGCGGCGACUGGUGCCUCCUUCAAUUUUAGUAUGGCGGCUGCGUUGGCUGCCGAUUCGUUGGCUGGACUGAAUAACCAUAGCCAUGUAUCUGGUGCUGAUCUAGCUGGCACAUCACAAGCUGGCGGCCUGCUAAUGCCUCCACCACUGUCGGGCGGCAUCAACGAGCCUCAGGACUGUCCCUACUGUCGGCGCACCUUCUCCUGUUACUACUCGCUCAAGCGACACUUCCAGGACAAGCAUGAGCGCAGCGACACCCUGUAUGUGUGUGAGUUCUGCCACAGGCGAUAUCGCACCAAGAACAGCCUCACCACUCACAAAAGUCUGCAGCAUCGCGGCACAUCAGGUAUGCUCAAGCGACUGCUCAAGACAUCGUCGAUAUUCGGCGGCCACCAACCUCCACUGUAAGCAACUGGCCUCCAUUUUGGGUCCACUGCCAUCUUGGCUCCAGUAACUAGUUUGUUUUACGCUUCAAUCAGGAUGUUGUCUACUGCUGAUUCUCCAAAUACUGCUGAAGAACUCUUGGAUCAAAGGAUGUCUACAGCUGAUCUUCUAAAGAUGUCAUCAAUAUUUGGCAGCCAUCAACCUCCACUGUAAGCAACUGGCCUCCAUUUUGGCUCCACUGCCAUCUUGGUUCCAGUAACUAGUUUGUUUUAUGCUUCAAUCAGAAUGUCAUCUACAGCUGAUCUUCUAAAGACUGAUGAAGACAUCAUUGAUAUUUGGCAGCUAUCAACCUCCACUGAAAGCAACUGGCCUCCAUUUUGAGUCCACCGCCAUAUUGGUUCCAGUAACUAGUUUGUUUUAUGCUUCAAUCAGAAUGUCAUCUACAGCUGAUCCUCUAAAGACUGAUGAAGACAUCAUUGAUAUUUGGCAGCUAUCAACCUCCACUGUAAGCGAAUGGCCUCCAUUUGAGACCACCGCCAUAUUGGCUCCAGUAACUAGUUUGUUUCACGCUUCAAUCAUAAUGUCAUCUACAGCUGAUCUUCUAAAGACUGAUAGAGACAUCAUUGAUAUUUGGCAGCUAUCAACCUCCACUGUAAGCGAAUGGCCUCCAUUUUGGAUCCACCGCCAUCUUGGCUCCAGUAACUAGUUUGAUUUACGCUUCAAUCAGGAUGUCUACAGCUGAUCUUCUAAAGACAUCAUUGAUAUUUUUGGCAGCUAUCAACCUCCACUGUAAGCAAAUGGCCUCCAUUUUGGAUACACCGCCAUCUUGGCUCCAGUAACUAGUUUGAUUUACGCUUCAAUCAGGAUGUCUACAGCUGAUCUUCUAAAGACAUCAUUGAUAUUUUUGGCAGCUAUCAACCUCCACUGUAAGCGAAUGGCCUCCAUUUAAGACCACCGCCAUCUUGGUUCCUGUAACUAGUUAGUUUAACGCUUCAAUCAGGAUUUCAUCUACAGCUGAUCUUCUAAAGACUGCUGAAGAUGUUGAUAUUUGAUGUCCAUCUAAAGAUGUUAACAAUAUUUGGUCACCACUACAGGAGUUCAGCCAUUUUGUUUCUUCCAACAGCCUGGUUCAAUCGUCAUUUUGUUUCUUCUGCCAUUUGUUUGAUCCACUAUUACUAACUUUCAUCAGUCUUUGUACACGUGGAGCAAAACAGUAGAGCUUCUGAAGACUACUGGAGAUGUUGAUAAGACUUGGCAGCUGUCAGUCACUACCAUAGGGGUCAGCCAUUUUGGUUCCAUCAUCAAUUUCAUGUUGUAUUACUAUAGUAGUAUAUCUUUGAACAAUUUUUGAUAGUAGGCAGUCAUUUCUGAGCAGAAGUCCUGCCUUGUGACACUCUUAACAAGGAAACUUGAAAACAACUCUAGAAGCGGCUUAAGGUUUUAUCAAACCCAAGUUUUGUCUUUCAACCAGGUUACUACUACUCUCUUAUUAUGUUAUAAUCUAGGUUAGACAAGUCUACAGCAAGUGUUUGCUGUAGAAAAAGUUUUUUGUGGGGAAAAAAUUGAAAUUGAGCUUUAAAAUGUAUUGGUUUCUGUGUUGUUUUGUGGAUUCAAAAUCCUGCACAUUAUUUGAAUAGUUUGAAGAUCUAACUGAGCAGGUGAUUCUAGUUUUGUCAAACUUUUUACAGUCUGAACCACAGUUUGAAUGUAGUUCUACUACUUAACUGUAGUUUGAACUGUAUCUGUAUCCGAUCAGAACUGUUCUGAUUAACUUGAAACUUUUUUGAAUAUCAGUUUCCCAGAUUUGUUCUAGU